UUUAGCUCUCUUGCCCUAAAAAAAAAAAGCAAAGAAAGUUGACAGCGAAAAUCGAGAAGGGGCGGCCGCGGAAACCCCACCACCGCCAAACCCCCGGCCCCUGGACGGAUUCAAUACCCUAGCUGACUUCGUGGAUCGUUUCGGCGGGGCGAUGGAGCUUCAGAACACUGUGAAGGAGGCGCUGGCCGUUCUCUACCACCAUCCCGAUGAAUCCGUCCGGGCCCAGGCAGAUCGCUGGCUUCAAGAUUUUCAGCACACCAUCGAUGCCUGGCAGGUAUCUGAUAAUUUACUCCAUGAUGCUAGCAGCAAUAUAGAGACACUCAUUUUCUGUUCCCAAACUCUCAGAAGCAAGGUACAAUGUGAUUUUGAGGAGUUACCUUCGGAAGCAUUUCGACCCUUACGAGAUUCCUUAUAUUGCAGGCUUUGCUCAAGAACUUUAGCAAAGGACCCCCUAAAGUUAGGACCCAGCAUUGGCGUUGCUGCUUUGGCCGUGCAUGUCUCUGUUGAAGACUGGGGAGAUGGUGGCAUUGUGGACUGGAUCAGCAAUGAAAUGCGAACUCAUUCUGAAUAUAUCCCCGGCUUGUUAGAGUUGCUCACUGUUUUGCCAGAGGAAGCUUACAGCUAUAGAAUAGCAGCUCGUCCCGAAAGACGCCGCCAUUUUGAGAAAGAACUUGCUUCAUCUGCUGAAACUGCUUUCAGUCUCUUGACCGCUUGUUUGAAUUUUGGUGAACUGAAAGACCAGGUAUUGGUUUCUUUUGCAUCGUGGCUUCGAUUAAGCUCUGGGGUUUCUGCGUCAACACUUGCUUCCCAUCCAUUAGUACAAGCAGCUCUAUCAUGUUUAAAUUCUGAGCAGCAUCUUGAAGCUGCCGUAAAUGUUGUAUCUGAAUUAAUACACUACACUACGGCAAAUGGUUCUGGUGGUGCUUCAGCCUACAUGCCCUUAAUUCAAAUACUUGUUCCUCACGUUAUGGGACUUAAGGGCCAGCUCAUGGAUACUUCAAAGGAUGAAGAGGAUGUCAAGGCGAUUGCUCGCUUAUUUGCUGAUAUGGGGGAUUCCUAUGUUGAGUUGAUUGCGAGUGGUUCUGAGGAAUCAAUGCUAAUAGUGCAUGCUUUACUUGAAGUUGCUUCACACCCUGAUUAUGACAUUUCUUCGAUGACAUAUAAUUUCUGGCAUCAUUUGCAGUUGAAAUUAACUCGAAGGGAUUCAUAUUCAUCAUAUGAAUCUGAUGCUUUAAUUGAGGAAGAGAGGAAGAGGAGGCUAUGCAUUUUUCAUUUACCAUUUCAAAUGCUGGUAUCUUUGGUUAAUUCCCGCGUUGAAUAUCCUCAAGACUAUGAUGAUCAAUCUGAGGAGGACCAGAAGGAUUUCAAGCACAUCAGAUAUGCUGUUGGAGAUGUUUUGAUUGAUGCUUCAGAUGUUUUGGGAGGAGAAGCCACACUAAAAAUUCUCUUUAUGAAGCUAGUACAGGCAGUUGGAAAUUGCAGUAAUGAUGAAAACUACAAAUGGCAACCUGUAGAAGCAGCACUAUACUGUAUCCAAGCUAUAUCGAAGUCCAUUUCACUACAGGAAGUGGAAAUAUUACCCCAGGUUAUGGCAUUACUGGCAAAACUCCCCCACCAACCUCAAUUACUUCAAACUGUUUGUUCUACAAUUGGAGCCUAUUCAAAAUGGAUAAAUUCUGCUCCAGUUGAACAUCCAAUCCUACCUCCUCUAGUUGAUAUUCUUACUAAAGGCAUGAGCACUUCAGAAGAGUCUGCAGCCGCUGCCACUCUUGCAUUCAAAUUCAUCUGUGAAGAUUGCAGAAAGCAGUUUUCGGGAUCAUUGGAUGGUCUUUUCCAUAUCUACCAUAUAGCAAUUAGUGGUGAAGGUGGCUAUAAAGUAUCAGCUGACGACUCAAUGUACUUGGUUGAAGCCUUAAGUGUGGUUAUAACGGAACUCCCAACAGAGCAUGCCAAGAAGGCAUUGGAGCUGCUUUGUCUUCCAACUGUUACUCCACUUCAAGAAAUGAUUGGUCAAGGAGGUGCCUUUCAACAAAUACCAGCAAGGCAGUUUACUUUUCAUAUUGACCGAUUAGCUUGCAUUUUCAGGAAUGUUAAACUACCUGAAGUCGUGGCAGGUGCUGUGCAAAGGCUUUGGCCGCUUUUCAAAACUAUAUUUGAUCACCGUGCUUGGGACACGAGGACAAUGGAGUCCUUAUGUCGUGCCUGUAAAUAUGCUGUAAGAACAUCUGGAAAAUUUAUGGGCAUCACAAUUGGUGCAAUUCUAGAAACAAUCCAGGCAUUGUAUCAGCAACACAACCAAUCUUGCUUUCUUUAUCUAUCAAGUGAAGUUAUAAAAAUAUUUGGAUCUGAUCCAUCUUGUGCAAGCUACCUCCAGAGCUUAAUAGAAAUGCUUUUCAGUCAUACAACAAAACUUCUUUUGACAAUUCAAGAUUUCACGGCUAGACCUGAUAUAGCAGAUGAUUGUUAUCUAUUGGCAUCAAGAUGUAUUCGAUACUGUCCUGAUUUAUUUGUUCCUUCCUCUGUUUUUCCUUCAUUAGUUGACUGUGCGAUGAUUGGUGCAACCAUACAACACAGAGAUGCCUGCAGAUCGAUCUUAACAUUCUUAUCUGACAUAUUGGAUCUCGGAAAUAGCUCCAUUGGACAGAAGUUCCGGCCUAUUAUCGAUAAUGUGAUACUUCCUCGAGGCGCCACUCUCACUAGAAUCCUCAUCGCCUCCUUGACUGGGGCACUUCCUUCUUCAAGAAUUGAGGAGGUAUCUUAUGUUCUACUGGCCUUGACCGCCUCAUAUGGAACCAAAGUAGUAGAAUGGGGUAAAGGAAUUAUUUCACUGAUACCUUCAACAGCUCUAACUGAGGUCGAAUGCGCAAGGUUCGUUAAAUCUCUAGCAGAUGCGGCAUCCGGUUCAAAUAGCACUUUUACGAAUAUUCUCGAAGAACUUUCCGAUGUCUGUCGGCGCAACAAGACUGUUCAGGACAUUGUGCAGGGAGCUCUCAGGCCUCUAGAGUUGCACUUUACUGCUAUAUCUUGAUUCCAUAGAAGAUAUUCGAAUUUGUAUGAGUUUUUUUUGUGCUUGGUCUCACUGAAUAUAUUCUGCUGAGGAUUGGGAGUAACAAACAGAUAUUGAAGAGCUCCUGAAGAAGACCCAAUGCCAUCUGCCCUUUGGUCCUUGUUUUUUUCUUCGAAGAAAAGAGUGGAUUUGCAUAUGGGUUGUAAUUUUUUUUUUUUUUUCUCUUUUGAUGUAAAUGUAUUAGUUAUUGCAGUCUGAACGUCUUGUUUGAAAAACAAAAAUAUUUUGGUAAUUUUCCUGUCCUCCUGUGCUGGUAAGCUCAAGGAGAUCGAGUGUUCACUAUAUUGUAUUUAAUAUUAUUAUAGAGAUUUUUUAUUUUUUAUGUAUCGUUUUGACCAAUUUGGAAUU